AUGAAGUCAACCGCGUUCUUAACUCCGAUGGCCUUGAUCAUGGCCAUGAUGGUCCAAGAUGCUUGUGCCCACGGCCGUCUGCUCGUGCCUCCGCACCGCGGCUACAUUGGCAGACUGAAGCAAUUCAAUGGCCUUGUUCCCGUCAACUACGGUGACCACAGCCUCAACGCUGGUGGAAUUGGCCACACUAGUGGCGGCAAACACGGGAUCUGCGGCGACAAGGACUCUGGAAAGCGCUUGCACGAGACUGGCGGAGAAUACGCCAAGUUCCCCCAGCAUCGCGAAAAGGUCAUCGGGGCCUGCUACGCCCCCGGGUCCACUAUGGACCUUCAAGUUCAAAUCACGGCCAACCACAAGGGAUACUUUGAGUUUGGACUGUGCAAACUGAACUCGCUCAACGACAGGGAAACGGAAGAUUGCUUCAAGACGCUUGUCCAGCCCAACGGCGAAAAGGACUGGCAAUUGCCAGCGGGGUCCAAGACCUUCAGCAUGCAGUACAUGCUCCCCGAUGGCGUGUCGUGCGACGGAGACUCCCACUGCGUGCUUCGGUGGCACUACGUCGGGUGGAACAACCCGGAUGCGGAUAUCAACGGCCAAGAGCACUAUUGGAACUGCGCCGACAUUUACGUGAGCAACACGUGCGGGUCCAGCCCGUCGCCUAGCUCGUCCCAGUCCACGCCCAGCACGUCCCAGUCCACGCCCAGCACGUCCCAGUCCACGCCCAGCACAUCCGAGUCCACGCCCACCACGUCCCAGUCCACGCCCAGCACAUCCCAGUCCACGCCCAGCACGUCCACACCUUCGACGUCCAAGCCGGCCAUGACCAACGACCCCAAACCCACUGCCCCCUCGUCUAUGGACCCCCAGUGUGGCAAGUGCACCAACUGCUACUUUCCACUCAACAAUGGAUGCUUUUUGGGGUGGAGCAAAGCCCAAUGUGAUUCCCAGGAUGAGUACAAGUGGUGCGGUGCUGGCGGCAGCAAUCCGUCGUCAUCGCCUUCGAACACUCCCAAUCCUUCGACUACCUCCAGCCCCAAUCCUUCGACUACCUCCAGUCCCAAGUCUUCCAGCCCCAAGCGUACCCCUUCCAGCAACCCCUCCACGACCAAGCAACCAACGCUCUCCCCUGAUACAUCUCUAAAACCGACGCCAACGUCGUCUCCUAACACCCCACCAUCCCCUCCUGGAAAGUCCGGCUUGACCAACAUUUUGUCCGAGGAAUUAUUCCUUCGCAUCUUCCCUAAGGCCCUCGACAUCUACAAGUACAAUAAACUCGUGGCCAUCGCUGACAAGUACCCCGAAUUCGCCAACACUGGCAAUGCCGACGUCGACCGCCGCGAAGUCGCCGCCUUCCUCGGCCAAAUCUCGCUCGAGUCUGGCGAUCUUCGCUACGUUGAGGAGAUCAACAAGUCCACCAUGUGCGAGCCGUCACCCGAGUACCCAUGUGCGGCUGGCAAGCAGAACUUUGGUCGUGGCCCGAUCCAGUUGUCGUGGAACUACAACUACAAGGACUUUGGCAAGGCUGUCAACUUGGACUUGGUCGCGAGACCUGAGCUGGUCGCCGAAGACGACAGCUUGGUGUGGUGGAGUGCGUUGUGGUACUGGCACGAUGAAAGGCCGAACGGCAACAUCCACAAGGUGGUGGGGCUCCCCGGUGGCUUUGCCAAGGCCACUAAUAUCAUCAACGGCGGCUUGGAAUGCGGCGUGAACCCUCGCAACCGCGACUCGGAAAAGAGCCGCAUUGCCAGUUUCAAGAAGUUCUGCGACCUCUUGAGGGUGGCUCCGGGGGACAACUUGUCGUGCCAAACCGCUGAUUUCCCCCCCAAGGCGCUUUAG